UCAAGACAACUUUACUGCUGUAGUGAUUCUGCUUUUUCAGUACUACCGUGAUAUACGACCAUCGCCUGUACAUCAGAGACGUAUAUGAAGCCUUGAAACAGGCUGUGAAGUUCCAGCCAAUCUCAUCGCAACUUCUCAGAUCAUAACAUUAUUGGAACAUUGAUCUCACAUUUUCACAACAUCAAUACAAAAUCAUGAACGAACGCGGCACUUCACAAAACACGCAAACUUCGUCGCAGUCCAAGGUGCAACAGCCGCAACGCCCAGUUGCUGAGCGUCAAGACCAGGCCACUGUCGAUGAGGGGAACCAACAUGACUCCUUGCAAAAGAAUCGCGGGGGAAUGAUUGAUGAUAGCGAGUUCCAUUAUGAGCACAUGGAGAUCCACUUCAAUGAUGAGGAUGAGGAUGAGGAAAUGGAGGAAGAGCCACUGAACAAACUUCGCUUCCACAGCCUCAAGCUCAACACGACUACAUACGUUCCCACCCAACGCUUCUACAACAUCAUCUCUACAACAAUGGUUCACCAAGACAAAAACUGCCCAUCGGACGACCCGAACGCAGAGCGCAACCUCUACAAAACAGCCUCCAUCUCGUCGCCUCUCUCCAGCACCGCCGACGCAGCACUGCCAUUCCACGAGCACUUUCUCCCGGAAGAACUGAGCCUUGCGGAUGAGCUGCAGCUCGGGAGUCACGAGGAGAUUGAGCGGUAUAGGAGUUACAGCAUGUCGGAGCAAGGGGAUCUCCCGGUACCUGCAAAGGAUGGGAAUGAGCAUAUGAAGCUUGAGGAGGAGAAGGAUGAGGAGAAAAUCAUCCAUCUCCUGGAACGGACCGGUCCGGCCUCAGAAGGUUGGCAGGCGUCCGUCAACGGCUUCAUUUCCCUCAGCGAUAAAUCGUCCAAAAGAGCGAAACAAAAUAAGGCGCACACAAAGAGUGAGCAGGGCACAAGUAAUGAAGAGAAAGUAGUGCAUGAGAUGUCGGAGAUCAGCGAUACUUCAGACAAGAAGAUCAGAUGA